CUUCGGAUAAUGCACACGCUCAAUCUUGUCGAAUAAGACCCGAUGGAGCGAAAGGCCGAGGACCAUGGACCUGUUCCGGGUCAGACUGAAUUGCAUCGAUCAUUACCAGGCCACGCCGACCCGUUACGACCCCCAGCUUCGCAACGAUGUACCGCUGUCGCAAAUCGCCAAGGGACCCAAGGUGCCCGUUAUCAGGGUCUUCGGAUCGACUGAGACGGGUCAAAAGGUCUGCGCGCACAUUCAUGGCGCUUUCCCGUAUCUCUACGUGGAGUACGAGGGCGGCUUGAACACCGAUGACGUGGGCGCCUACAUCUAUCGCCUUCACCUCUCUAUUGAUCAUGCUUUGGCGGUGAGCUAUCGGCGCGAUCAAUAUGGUGACAACGCGAGAUAUGUGGCCAGAAUCACCCUCAUCAAGGGCGUGCCCUUCUACGGCUUCCACGUCGGCUACCGAUUCUUCCUGAAGAUCUACAUGUUCAAUCCCAUUGUCAUGACGAGAUUGGCGGAUCUUCUCCAGCAGGGAGUCAUCAUGAAGCACAAGUUUCAGCCUUACGAAGCCCACCUUCAAUACCUUCUGCAGUUCAUGACGGAUUACAAUUUGUACGGGUGUGACAAUCUCGACGUAUCAACCACGCGCUUUCGGUCCCCUGUUCCUGAGCAUGACCAAGGGUCCAAUUCAGUCCAUCUCUGGCAUAGUCGGUCCAUCCCAACCGACCACAUUACCGACGAGACUGCCCUUCCUAGGGUCAGCCACUGCUCAAUCGAGGUGGACAUUUGUGUACACGACAUUCUCAACAGGAAACUAGUCAAGCAGCGAUCGUUGCAUCAUGACUUCGUCGAGCGGAUCAAUCCAAUUCCCGAAGGCUUGAAACUGGUGCACAGUAUGGCAGGUCUCUGGAAAGACGAAACCAAGAGGCGGAAGCGCAAGAUGCAAGACCCAGGCCAAGGCAGCACCCCGUUCCCCCCGGAAGUUCUUGUCUCGAUGUCUGCCGAUCCUCGACAAUCACAGUCACAAGGCUGGAUCCACGAGGAAGAAUACCGGGACCAGAUUCGAAAUCUCAUUACAUCCGAGAAGAAUGCGGGUAAAGGCGAGCUCAGCUUCGAAACCUUUCCAAAGGCCUUGCCCUUUGAACACACCGUCAAAACUGCUCUUGAAUCCGUCGAAGACCUUUUCCCAUCAACUCUCAUGCCAGUUUUGGGGCUUUCCCCGAGCCAAACCGAAGGACUAGAUCCUGCCAGCAGUGUUGAGGUCGACGAGAGAAAGGUCCUUCAAGUCGGCGAGGGACCUGAUGAGUGGUUUCCCAGUGACUCCGACGAAGAGGCUAUCACCAUGAUGCUGUCAAUGGAAAAGAAAGCCGCCAAAGCUUUUCAAGACCAGACAAGUAAACCGCCUGAGAGUGGAUCCGAGGACGAGCUGAGUGAUUCGGAUGACCUCUCAGUGCUUGGAAUCUGCCAAAGCGGGCUGAGAACUGGCAAGCUUCCAGAAAUCCCAUUUAGUCAAAGUCUCAUCAAUGCUGCAGACAAGCAGGGGUUGGUUGGACGAGCACUGAAGACGGUUCACCCUACUUUGUUGAAUAAGACGGUGCUUAAGCGUUCUCUAUCGGAAUUAUCAUUAUCUCACCCCCCUGUCAAGCGAUCCAGACGGGACGAACCACUGGGACCCAAAGGCGAGGGGAUCUCCCGAGGCAAGGGAGGAAACUUGCCCAUACAAGCAUCCGGGUCAAAUGAACCAGAAACAUUGAGGCGUUCUUCGUUGGGCAAAUUCCCAACAUCUUCACCGCAGGAUACUACUGGUUCCAAUCAGACCCUGAACUUUGCCACUGUGAAGGACCGAAACGAUCCCAACACGAAAUUUCGUCUCAGCCAGAGGAGUCAGCUAUCAUCUUCCCAGCAGAGCGAAGAUGGUGGAUUUACGAAGCAUGUUUCCUUCGAUCUUAAUUCUUUUGAGCAAGUUGGGGAUGUACCUGCAUCCCAGUCUGACUACUUUCCCUCUCUGACAUCGUCGGACCUCCACUUUGAGGUCAGUCCGCAAACAAAAAUUCAACGAGCGAUUGGAAGCCUAUCAAGCUCUCAAACCCUUCUCUUUUCAUCACUGCCUCCCUCCGCCUCGGAGGUGGUAACGUCCAUGAAAGACCACCUUGUCCCGGACGCCAUCUAUCAGGAUGCCUAUUACAGCAGAGAGAAAGACGUCCCAAGUAAACCUCGGGAAUAUGCAGGACGAGAGUUCCGACUUGAAAGCAACACGCUCCCUUUUCUCCCGGAGUUCGACCCAACGGCUACCUCACCAUCUAGUUACGGCCUCAAACAAGGCGCUCGCCUGGACAAAUCGGAAAUGGGUCGCGAGUAUGCCCGGCAGAGCAAAAGCUGUACGUGGAGGAGCUGGGAAAUCGCAAACCCGCCACCCACUUUCGAUGAAGUAAAGACUUGGUGGGACGAAAAGGAACGGCGUGCGACGGAGGAACCGACAUCCAGCUACUUGGCGACGCCGAAGCAAUAUCUCUCCCAGAUUGAGGGUCCGACACCGAAAAACAAGCACGGGUUCAAAUAUACACAAGCGAACGGGCAGACGAGCGUUGAGCACGAAGUCCAGUACAUGAGCACGAUGAGCUUGGAGAUUCAUGUCAACACGCGGGGCAAGUUUGUGCCCAACCCCGAGGAGGACGAGGUUCAAUGCAUGUUCUGGGCUCUGAAGUCGGACGAAACAGUGCUCGAUAGCCAAAGCUCUCUGGAUCUAGUCAAGUCGGGUAUCCUCGUGCUAUCCAGUGACCCCGACUUGCCGCGCCUCAUGCGACGCCAGACGGCGGUUGAGAUUGUUGAAGAGACUGCCGAGUUGGACUUGAUGGUCAGAAUGGUGGAGAUUGUCAGGACCCAUGAUCCAGACAUUCUAACUGGGUAUGAGGUUCACGGGAGUUCAUGGGGCUAUCUAAUCGAGAGGGCGAGGCUCAAGUACGACUACAAUCUGUGUGACGAGUUUAGUCGAAUGAAAACGGAAUCGCAUGGGAGGUUCGGCAAAGAGAACGACAAGUGGGGUUUCAACACCACCUCAACCAUUCGAGUCACUGGAAGACACAUGAUCAACAUCUGGAGAGCCAUGCGGGGCGAGCUGAAUCUCCUUCAAUACACCAUGGAGAAUGUCGUUUGGCAUCUCCUCCACCGUCGGAUCCCUCAUUACGCCUGGAAGACUCUCACGACUUGGUACAAGAGCGGCAAACCACGAGACCUGAACCGGGUGCUCCGAUAUUACCAAAGUCGAACCAGACUGGACAUUGAAAUCCUAGAGGCCAACGAGACUGUUUCGAGGACAAGCGAGCAAGCUCGACUGCUCGGUGUCGACUUCUUUUCUGUAUUUUCGCGAGGAUCCCAGUUCAAGGUUGAAUCAAUCAUGUUCAGAAUCGCAAAACCAGAGAACUUUAUCCUCGUUUCGCCCAGCCGAAAGCAGGUCGGUGGCCAGAACGCGCUCGAAUGCCUCCCUCUCGUCAUGGAGCCUCAGAGCGCUUUCUACAACAGCCCCCUCCUGGUCCUGGACUUCCAAAGUCUGUACCCGAGCGUAAUGAUUGCAUACAACUAUUGCUAUUCAACCUUCCUCGGGCGAAUUACCAAUUGGAGGGGCAGGAAUAAGAUGGGCUUCACAGAUUACAAGCGGCAGCAAGGCCUCCUGGAGUUGUUGGAGGACCACAUCAACAUCGCACCCAACGGAAUGAUGUACGCAAAAUCCGAAAUCCGCAAAUCUCUCCUCGCCAAGAUGCUCACGGAGAUUCUGGAGACUCGAGUCAUGGUCAAGAGCGGCAUGAAGCAGGACAAGGGUGACAAAACACUUCAGCAGCUGCUGAACAACCGACAGCUUGCCUUGAAACUGCUCGCCAAUGUCACCUACGGCUACACCUCUGCAUCAUUUUCUGGCCGCAUGCCCUGCUCGGAGAUUGCAGACAGCAUCGUGCAAACUGGGCGAGAAACUCUGGAGCGGGCGGCUGCUUACAUUCAUUCGGUUGAACGAUGGGGAGCCGAGGUCGUCUAUGGCGACACCGACAGUUUGUUCGUCUAUCUGAAAGGGAGGACGAAGGAUCAGGCAUUCGACAUUGGCAACGAAAUCGCCAAGGCCAUUACGGACAUGAAUCCUCAGCCCAUCAAGCUGAAGUUUGAGAAAGUCUACCACCCGUGCGUUCUUCUGGCCAAAAAGCGCUACGUCGGCUACAAGUACGAGAGUCGCGACCAGGUGCAGCCAGAAUUUGACGCCAAAGGAAUCGAAACGGUUCGCCGUGACGGGACGCCAGCAGAGCAGAUGAUUGAAGAAAAGGCCCUCAGACUGCUCUUUGAAACGGCCGACCUCAGCCAAAUCAAGAGAUAUUUCCAGAAACAGUGCAACAAGAUAAUGCGCAACAACAUUUCUGUGCAGGACUUUUGCUUCGCCAAGGAAGUCCGACUCGGGACGUAUUCCGACAAAGGUGCACCAACCCCCGGAGCGUUGAUCAGUACCAAGCGAAUGCUGGCAGACGCGCGCGCAGAGCCGCAGUAUGGAGAACGAGUUCCCUACGUCGUCAUCACGGGCGCACCAGGGGCACGUCUCAUCGACCGGUGCGUGGCGCCCGAGGAGCUACUCACCAACCCCCACUGGCAGCUCGAUGCGGAAUACUACAUCUCGAAGAACCUGAUCCCGCCGCUCGAGCGCAUCUUCAACCUCGUCGGAGCCAACGUGCGGCAGUGGUAUGACGAGAUGCCCAAAGUGCGGCGGGUGCGGCGUCCCAUGACGCUGGGCACGAAGAAGAGGACGCUCGAGUCGUACAUGAGGUCGACGCACUGCCUCAUCUGCGGAGCCAAGUUUUCUCACGGGGACAAUCCACUGUGCCCGCGCUGUCGCAAGAACGUCCCGGCGUCGCUCUUCACACUGCAGACGCGGGUGAAAACCGAGGAGCGCCGGCUGGAGGAGGUGCUCGCCGUCUGUCGCAGCUGCUCUGGACUCGGGCCUAUGGAGGACGUCGCCUGCGAUAGCAAGGACUGUCCUGUGUUUUGGACGCGGAUGAAGCAGACGAGCAAGAUGCAAGGUGAACGGAAUACCAAUCGGCCUGUGAUUCAGGCGCUGGUGGAUGGGGUGGAGAAGCUAUCCCUGGAGUGGUGAUGGGGUUUGGCGAAACUUGUAUGAAUUAUCUAGGAAUAGCGUUAAAAACAAGCAACUCCUAACGGGUCUUUGGAUGUUUACCAAGACUUUACUCGGUGAAUGUCACCUGGGAGCAGUUCUGCAAUUUCAC